GGGCCGUACUCGGAGCAGGGUGGGGAUGGGGCUGGCGGGGCUGCUCGCUCUCGGGCGCGGCGCUGGGCCCGCACUUAAAGGGGCGUCGGGAGCUGUCGCCGUCGUCCAGAGCUUUCCUGCCGUGUCGGUUCGGACCCUGCGCAGCAGCUCUGCAGCCAUGGCCCCAAUCAAGGUGGGCGAUGCCCUUCCAUCUGUGGAGGUAUUUGAGGGAGACCCGGGCAAGAAGGUGAACCUGGCAGAGCUGUUCAAAGGCAAGAAGGGGGUGCUCUUUGGAGUCCCCGGAGCUUUCACGCCAGGCUGUUCCAAGACCCACCUGCCUGGAUUUGUGGAGCAGGCUGAUGCUCUGAAGUCCAAGGGGGCCCAGGUGGUGGCCUGCCUCAGCGUCAAUGAUGUCUUUGUGGUCAGUGAAUGGGGCCACUCACAGAAAGCUUCAGGCAAGGUUCAGCUGCUGGCUGACCCCACAGGGGCCUUCGGGAAGGCAACUGGGCUGUUACUGGAUGACUCCCUUGUACCCCUGUUUGGGAAUCAUCGUCUGAAGAGGUUCUCCAUGGUGGUGCAGGACGGUGUUGUGAAAGCUCUGAAUGUGGAGCCAGAUGGCACAGGCCUCACCUGCAGCCUCGCCCCCAACCUUCUGUCUCAGCUCUGAAGCCAGGGCUUCACAGGACCAGCCCUGGACUCUGGGCUCUCUCCACAGGGAGCCAAGACCUCACAAUUGGCAUCUGGUCCACCAGCUUCUCAAGGUUCUACAAUAAAAUAGUUCCGUUUGCUGUCUCUCA